GUACCCUAGUACAAGGAAAGAAGUCCGUUGAUACGGUCCAACGAUUCUUUGAAAUUCUAUAUCAUUAUACUCAGUUUGACGGGGAUAGGUUUUGUGAAUUGUCAAAUUAAAGGUUGUCAUCCGCUCAUUGAUUAUUGGGAAAGCUUUCUAUAAAUACGAUGACAUGGAUAGACAAUUGGAAAACAUGUUUCGGAUAUUCUUCCUCGCUGUUGCUAUUCUUGGUGUACAAGAAUUUCAAGUGAUGUAUCUUCUUGCACGGAACACGGAUGGCGACCUUGAGACGACGGAAAUCUGUGAAUCCUCACCGCCUUCAAUAUCCUGUAACCCGGGCUAUAAAUACCGCUCUAUUGACGGUUCCUGCAAUAACUUAAAGCAUCCGGACAGGGGUCAAACGCAUACGUCACAGAGGAGAUUUCUAUCGCCAGACUAUGACGACGGUCAUGACGCUCCGCGGCACACCAGGUUCACUCAACCAUUACCUAGUACGCGAGAAGUCAGUAACCUUCUGUUUCAGAACAAUGACAAAGCACCCAAUUUAGAUCCAAAGAUCAAUGUGCUGCAUAUGUCGUUUGGCCAGUUUCUCGAUCACGACCUUAUCUUUACGCCAAUGAUCAAUGGUAACUUUAGUUGUUGUGGAAGAGACGAACACAAGCCCCCGUGCAUACCCAUCACCAUUCCACCCAAUGAUCCGUUCUUCAGACAGAAUUGUAUGCCCCUGAAACGAUCAGCAUCUAUUCUUGUAAAACACGGAAAAACUUGUGUUCGAGAGCAAAUUAACGACGUUACAUCAUAUGUCGACGCAUCAAACGUAUAUGGAUCGAAUGAGAAAAAAGCUAGAAACCUGAGAACUUUCAAGAGUGGUACACUGCGACAGGAGAAGAAAGGCUUGCCCAAAGGUGAUAGAAAACCCUGUGUCUUUAAGGAUUCUGUUCAUGACUACUGUCAGGAGGCAGGUGACAAACGGGUGAAUGUUGUUCCAAACCUUGGAUCUAUGCAUCUUCUUUUCGUUCGAUAUCACAAUUAUAUUGUCGGUGAAAUGGCUAAAUUGAAUCCAUUAUGGGAUGACGAAAAACUCUAUCAAGAAACUCGUGCCAUAGUGACCGCUGUUAUGCAACACGUGGUUUACCAUGAGUACCUGCCCUUAGUUCUAGGACACGACAUAAUGAUGCAGUAUGAGCUUUUUCCUAUGCCUCACGGUUUUGAUUCGGUUUAUGACGAAGAGAUCGAUGCCUCUACAAGGAACGUUUUUGGUGCCGCGGCCUUCCGUUUCGGUCAUUCCCAGAUACCAAAUCAUCAAAAGCAAUUCAACAAAGCUUACUCUAGCAUUGUAAACAAGAACAUUGAAGAUACAUAUCAUAAUCCACACAUGUGUAUCGCGAAAGGAGGAAAGAGCUGCGAUGGUGUUCUUAGAUGGGAGCUUGCAGAACGCACAACAAAAUCGGACGGAGUGUUCGAGAUUGGUGUCAGAGACAAACUUUUCAUGACAUCGGCUGGUGCAAGUCUGGAUCUUCCCGCGAUAAAUUUGCAACGCGGGAGGGACCACGGAAUUCCGCCAUAUUGUAAGUGGAGGGAGUUUUGCGGAUUGCCUCCAAAUUCUCUGUCAGAUCACACAGACGCCAACAAAGACAAACUGCUGAAAGUCUAUAAGAAUAUACACGAUAUAGAGCUCUAUGCUGGUGCCAUGACCGAGAAACCGGUAAAUGACGGACUGGUAGGUCCUACAUUUGCCUGUCUCAUAGGAAAGCAAUUCUCUCUGUACAAGAAAGGAGACAGGUUCUGGUAUGAGAACGAACACACUAACGGAUUUACCAAAGAUCAACUGAAGGAGAUAAAGAAGACCACCCUGACCUCAGUCAUUUGUCAGACUAUGGAGGUGGGCAGCAUAACUCCUAAUGCCUUCCUCGUGGAGAGCAGCACUAAUAAAAGAAUACAGUGUCAGGCAGUGACACAUCCGAAGUGGUUGGCGUGGAAGGAUCCCUUGAAGCGUGACUGAUCAUAUCCAGUGUAGAUUUAUAAAAGCAAAUGCUGAAAGCGAUUAAAGAAAUUUUAAAAUACA